CGUCUUCUAAUCCCGGACGCGACUCAGGGCCUGAUGAACUGCUGAUGCCUGAAGCUGAAAAAUUGCCUCUUCGAUUCUGUCGACUUACUUUUCGUUUCUUCUCAGAGUCUGGAUUGCUUCCUCUUCUUCUUCUCUGCGCUGGCUUGUGGUGGUCAUUUUAGUUUUAUCUAUCUUGCUUUUUAUUCCAUCAGUGUGUUGUUCUUGCUUCUUAUGGUGCCUUGGAAAUUGGGCGUGAUGAAGCUCAUUCUGCAGCUUCCUGCAUCCAGAAGUUUGAAGAAGCCCAUUAUUAUUUUUGCACUUUAUAGAUGUUGGCAGCGGUCUUUCUCCACCAGCACCAUCCAUGAAGGUGACCAUUCUUCUUCUUCAGCUCAUCGAAAGAAGAAGAACCGAUCAAUGGAGAUGAUGGAUUACCUCGUAAACUCAUGUGGGUUGCCUUCUGAAGAGGCUUCCGACGUGUGCAGUAAGCUAAGUAGUUUUGCUAACGUUCGGAACGCAGAGAAAGUUAUCAGUUUCUUGAAAGAAAGUGAAUUUGCAGACGCCGAAAUCAGGAAAACGAUCAAUGCCUGCCCUCAUUUUCUGUCGUCAAGUUUGGAGAAGACUCUAAUCCCGAAGAUUAGGGCUUUUCAGGAUUCGGGCCUCUCUGGCCCUCACCUCGCACGCCUCGUGGCUUCCAAUCCACUCGUCCUUAGCAUGAGCCUCACGAAGAAAAUCGGCCCCAUCAUUGGGUUCUUUACGUCCUUUCUUCGAGAUAAAGAGGACGUGGCCAGGGGAAUCAGGCGAUUCUUCUCAAGAUUCUUCAGUAGCCAUGAUAUUGUCAGGAAAAUGGCAAUCAAUCUAGCGGCUCUGAGGAGUCGAGGGGUCACCGACCAGUCAUUGGCGAAACUUCUGGUAACGAGGCCCACGCUUUUCGCUCUAAAGCUCGCCUCUGUCGUGGCAAUGGCGGACAGAGCCCAUGAAUUGGUGUUUGAUUACAGUUCUACUCAGUUUCACCGGGCGCUCUUUGUCGUCUCAUCGAUGAAUAAGUCUAUAUGGGACGCCAAGGUGGACAUCUUGAAGAGCAAUGGUUGGAAUCAAGAUGAGAUAAUGUUAGCACUUAAAAAGGAACCCUCAUUCAUGAAGCUGUCCACAAGCAAUCUGCAGGAGAAAUUGCAUUUCUUUAUGAAUGUUCGUAAAUACAAGCCUUCAGAACUCGCGAUGGCUCCAACGAUCUUGAUGUUCAGCAUGGAGAAGAGAAUUAUUCCUCGGAGUACUGUGAUCGACAUGUUGAAUUCUGCGAAUAUUUUUAAGAAAAACCGUAAUUUGUUGAAGGUUUUGCAGAAGAAAGAGAAGGUAUUCUAUGAAGAAUACGUGCUCAAGUACAUGGAUGAAUGUCCAGACGUGCUUCAGGCUUACCGAAGCCACAUGAAGGCCAUUUAUGGUACAGAAUUUUUAUCUUGACGACAGAGACAGCGACAGAGUUUCAAAUUGCUAUAUCUGCUUUCUGGCUUGUUGCAGCAUUCUCCAUCUUUAUGCCAGAUGAAGUUUGUAAGUGUAACUUUGGUAUACUCAGAUUCUUGAAAUUGGUUGUCAGCUAAAACGUAGGUUGUCUCCUGUUACUGAGCUAUCUAUGUAUUGGAGGAAAAUGGCUCGUAACCUGAAUUCGUGUCGGACCAGUUUGCGCUGUUGAAGAGUAGUCCUCUGUACAUGAGAAUCGAAGUAUGUCAUUGGCUUCUAUUUUUGCUCAAAUUUUUGUUUCUGCAUUAUAAGUCGUCAGUUGAAUGAGGAAGAAAAAUUUCUUUUCUGUUCUAACAUUUGCAUUUUGCAGACUCUUAUCAACUUUUCUUUUUCCCAUUACUGUUCUACCAGUAAGAAAUGAAGGUUGUGCACGUCAUUUUAUGUCUAAUCACUAACCUUGUUACCUGCAUUGAUGUUUAUAAGA